AUGCCGGUCAUCUUCGUGGCGUGGAUCGUCGGCAAUGCUUAUGCGCAUUUCGUUCUCCUGUAUCUCACUACUGACGAGUUCGUCUUUGGUGAACUACCCAAGUACCAGACUAUAGUCCGCGAUAUGGUAGCCUACAUGCUCAUCGAAGAAGUGGGGCUCUACUAUCUGCACCGUCUGUUCCAUGAAUGGAAGGCUGGCUAUAGGGUGGUACAUAAGCUCCAUCAUACGUUCACAUCCCCUGUCCCUCUACAAGCUCUAUAUAAUCACCCACUCGAUCAAGUUAUCAUCAAUGUUACCCCUAUACUCGCCGGACCAAUAAUAAUGCAAUCUCAUAUACUAACCUUCGCUCUGUGGUUAACUUUCUCCUUCGUUAACACGCUGGUCUCUCACUCGGGAUAUAACUUCGUUACU